GGCGAGUCUGAGGAACUAUAAACUGUGUGGAGAAGCACAGACGGACACUACCAACCUGUGCAAAGGUGAUUCCCACAGCUGAAAGAAAGAAGCAUUUUUAGAGGAAAAUAAGCUUUUCAUGUUACAGGAGCUGAAGCAAAGCAUAUUCCAGCAUGUUUAAGCUGCGUGGACUUCAAUUUCUGCUCGUCAUUCACUCGGCUAUGUGCCAGGAUUUGGGGGACUUGCAUGUAACCGGGCCUCUGACGGACAUGAAUUUCUCUGUUCCAGAGGGAGGGGGAGUGCGCUUCAUUUACCAGUUCACAUCUGAGCCACCUGCUGUGAGUUUCAGAGCGACUGGUGAAAAAGAUGGAAUAAUUGACAUUGUGCCAAGGACAGGCAUCCUGUAUCUCAGUGGGUCUCUGGACUGGGAGACCAAAGCAGUGCACAGGCUGCAGGUGGAAAGUCUGGAUGAAAAGGGAAACAUAGUGAAAGGUCCAUACACUGUUACAAUACAUGUGGAGGAUAUCAAUGACAACCCACCAGAAUUUGACCAGACGAAGUACACUGGAGUAGUGAGGCAGAACUCCCGUCCAGGCAAACCCUUCAUGUACGUCCACGCCACGGACCGCGAUGAUCCUACAACUCCCCAUGCACAGCUGAUGUACAGCAUUCUCCACCAUUUUCCCAACCCUUAUACAGAAAUGCUUUUCCAGAUCGAUAGUGUAACUGGAGCAAUCUCACCGAGUAAGACGGGCUCUUAUUACUUAGAUCCUCAAAAGCAGGACACCUUCACGCUCGUCGUCACCGUGAAGGACAUGGCAGGGACGACAACGAAUGCUUUCACCAGCAGCGCCGAUGUGAUCAUCACUGUGAAGGAGAGCCUGUGGAAAGCUCCCCCCACCAUCCGCAUCCAAGAAAACUCAACCCAGGUCCACCCUGUCAACAUCAGCCAGGUGCACUCAAAUGAGCCAGAUGUAAUUUAUGACCUUUUAGAAAAAGAAAAGCUGCCCAGGCUCCCAUUUUCCAUCGAUCAGAAUGGGGUUAUUUAUGUAACUGAACCAUUGGACAGAGAAGAAAAGGAUGCUUAUGCUUUCUUUGCGGUCACAAAAGAUAAUACAGGAGAACUGGUGGACAAGCCUCUGCACAUUCAUGUUAUUGUGGAAGACAUUAAUGACAAUCCCCCUGUGUGCCAGCAGGCCCUCACUGUAAUUGAAGUUCAAGAAAAUGAAGGUGGAGGAAGUAAUAUUGGCACCCUGUUUGCUACAGACAUGGAUGAGAAGGACACCCUUAACUCUCGUCUGCAGUUCAAAAUCAAAAGUCAGGUUCCUGCUGUUCCUGCAGAUAAUCUGUUCUUUAUUCAGCAAGACACUGGGACUUUGCAGUUACCUAGCCGUUCGUUAAACAAGCGCAUUGCAUCCAACUAUUCCUUGAAGGUGCUGGUGACAGAUGCAGUAUUCGAAACAAUCUGUGAUGUGCAAAUACAUGUCAUCGACAUCAAUGAUCAGAUUCCCAUCUUUGAAAAAUCAGAUUAUCACAAUGUGACUGUUGCAGAAAGUCUCCCGCUAGGACAGGGAGCUCCUACAUCAUCUACCAAGUGA